CACCCCACAUUCUUCUUCAUUUUUGAAAAUUGUUUCAAAUGGUACAGAAAUCUCGGUCAGUGGUGAUUGUCCUUUAAAGAUGUCAUUCUUCGUGUCUGACGUGCAUUCUAUCUGUUGCGAAAUUACAGUUCAUAGUGUCAUCCUUUUGAGGGUGAUGUGUAUUUCGCCCCCACCCUCACCCCUGGCUGCUUGUAGGGUUAUUUCUUUUUAUCAUCAUCAAUUUUAUUCAGAGGCGACUAAAUUUGGUUUUGUGUGUAUUGAUCCUAUUUCUGCAUUUUAAAGAGUAAGUGUUGGUUUGAGAAAGUUGGGCCAUCAUUCAGCCAAGCAUUUCCUCCAUGAUAUUCUUUCCCUGCUACCCUCAGAUCAUACAUGUUAUCCGAAUACUUCCUUAAAUUCUUUCGGGAUUUCGAAUCCCUCAACUUCUGCUGUUCGGCCUAGACUUCUUCUAGGCUGUCAGCUCACAAGUCCUGUCUUUGGUUGUGUGUAAACACUGAGUGUUUCAUUUCAGUUAUUCUGUUUUUCAAUUUGAAAAGCUUGAUGUGGUUCUUUGAUUAGUUUUCAGAUCUCUGACAAACUCUUAAUGUUUUUAAGUCUGACCUGUUCAGCAGUUGUAAUGUCCCUGAUGUUGCCACUGGAUGGAGCCCCAGGCAGCUGAUUUCCGUGACCUGAGCUCUCUAGGUUGUUACUAAUUUUGUAUUAGGUUCCAGACACUUUAUGCAAAAACUUGUGGCGGUAGUUUCAGGUUUUAACAACAGCACCUUCCCACCGAGAGGAUUUCCUGCUUCCUCGGGGCAGGUGAGGAAGAGCACCACCAGUGUUCUAGGGCCUCACUGGCAGCUGGUCAGAAGCUGGGCUGCCGACCCCACUGGGCUGGUCCGUCUCCAGCAGACCCUCAGUGCCGGCUGCAACCCCAGUCCUUUACUGCAGAUGCCCUCCUUGGCAGGCUUGACUCUUGCUUCUGGGACCUUCCCAGUGUUUAGUAGCUCUACUGGGGUUUUGUGUGUCACCUGUGCUUCUGUGGGAAAGCAAGCCCAAGUUCCUUGUUCCCUUCUUGGCUCUGGUUCUCAUGAACCAUAUGUACAUUUAUGCAGCAUCUCAGCAGAACAGAUUGAUCAGAAUCACCUAGCCCGUCACUGUGAGAAGACGCGACAUCAAUUUUUAACUCUUACCAACUCUUCUGUCCCGAUUGCUUCUUUUAUCUCUGCUUAUUAUUUUGCUUGAGGUGCCAAGAUCCUGUCGAAUCAGUCUGGAGACAUUAAUCUGAACACUUUAAGUUAUUGGAAAUAUCUUUGUUUCCCAUUAAUGGAUAUGCGUAGCUGGCGUGAGCUCACCUGCUCUUAUGCAGGUGUUUUUUGGCAAGCCUGUGGUGAAGUUGGUGGGACUGACGUCUGAUCUGUGCGGCCGGAGGUGAGAUGUCUCCUGAUGGAGCUUUUGUGUAGGACACAGGGAGAGAAGCAGCCCGUCAGGUUGGGGCAGGAGCCAAACUGGGAUGUGUCUGAAGGUGAAGUCCUUCAGAUGAGCUCCCUCCAGGGAAGAACUGAUAGUCAAUGGACUUUUGAAAAUCGACUUUCUAACAUUAGCCCCAGGUAGAUGCUGCUGCUUGUCUGUAGAAGGGGAAAAGUUCCUGACGUUCUGAUCCUCUGAAAGCAGUUCUCAAGGAAGUCCCCGUACUAUCAAGUGCCCAUCACGUGCCAGGGCCCCUCUGCCUGCCCUCUGGUGACCAGACUCCUGUCCUUGGCUUCUCCCUCAGGACUUGCGUCCAGCCAUAGCAAAGCGGUGGAAGCAAAUGUGUCGUUUUCCUCUCAUGACCCUGUGGAACUUUGGGACGGGGAGGAGGAGCAUCGAGGGCAGUGUCCGGGAGGAAGCCCAGCACCUGGUGCGGGUCCUCACACAGACAGAGGGUGGGUUUGCAUCUGGUGGGAAGUUAGGGUUACCUCCCUAUGCUUCCCUGAGCCCCGGCACCACCCUGCUGGAACCGUCUUCCCUCAUUUUUAUUUGGAAAGUGUAGACCACUCAUGAAAGUUUUCCUUGAGUUUGGUAAUCGUCCCUCCUACCAGCUGAACCAAUGGACCCUGCCUGCAUCCUGGCUGGCUCUCCCUGCAACACAAUCUGCUUCAUCCUCUUUAAGGAGCACGUCAACUAUCAAGACGAGGAGUUCCUGAAUCGGACUGGGUUGUUGAAUGAAAACGUUUCCGUAUUAAGCUCUUUCUGGGCCCAGGUAAAGCCAAUUGUCUCUGCCUGUUGGAUUACCUGCCACUGGUGCCAGGGGUGAGCCCGCGUGCAGAGUCCCACCGUGGGCAACAAGGAAGCAGCGGCCCAGGGUGCACCUGAGAUGAUGGAGGGCAGCUGUGGAAAAGUGAUAGGGCCACUUACGUAACACAGCUGAAAGCCCGUUGGAGAGGCAGUCAGGCUGCCCUCUGCCAACACGUCUCUUCUGACGUGCCAACAGAGGCUGCAGCCCGCCCGGGGUCCUGCAGCCAGAAAUGGGAAGGGGCUGCAGAGGGUAGGGUCCCCCUUAACAGAGAUGCUUCAACGCCUCACAACCUGUCUUCGCUUUUAAGUCCUGGAGGUGGAAGGAAGGGUGUGGCUUUUCCCUACAAUUUGUGGCCAUUGCUCAGUCACUAUCUUCCUGGGCGACACCAGAAUAUUUUUUAAAACACUCAGCAUAUAAGAAAUUUCAUUUAGGAGAGAGUAGUACAGCAUCAAGGGACUCUGGAGUCUGAGCGGCCCUGGGACUACGUCGACCGCUUCCUCAACAUUUUGGAGGAGGUGCGUGUGGCAGACCCCCCGUGCUGCAUGGGUGGCUGCGUGGCCCUCAGAGCAUAGAUGUUGCCUGGGCUGCAUGCACGCAGGUCCAGGCCUGACGCCCCCUGUCUGGAAGACCCCAGGCCUCCAUCGUGUGUUUCCCCACCACUGGGCUGACAUGUGGAGCGCGUACCUUUCCCUCAUUAACUGCCUGAUGGUUCAGUGUUUACUCAGCACUUGCUAGGCAAAGUGGCCUGACUGAGACCAUCCCUCCUGCCCCCCAGGAGCCCAUGGACCAUCACAGAACUGCAGGUAAAGUGGCUGGUAUUCAGGGUGACGGUUGGAACCAUUGCUACUUUGGGAGCACAGGUCACCUGUCUCUAAUCCCUGGACAGAGCCCACCAUGGGACAAUGAAUAAGGGCCUGGUGGCUAACGUGUGUGUGUGUGUGCGUGUGUUUAUGCACAAGUGGGCCCUGUUUUUACCUUUUCUUCAAGACUACGUCCAAAGCACAACAUCUUAAAGUAUAUUUUCCACUAUGCAAGAUGUUACAACUAUUAACCUCUUUGCCGAUUACAAAUUAGGCAUCAAGUGAAAAUCACUUAGGAAAAAAAAAAGGGCAUAAAAUAACCAUUCAUAUACGCCAUAAACAUUCCACCUCGUAAGGACUUGUUAUCCUUUCUAACCCACAUCUGUGUGUGUCUAAUAGAGGACUUAUGAUGAAAUCAUGUAACUGAUUACUCCACUAUCUACAGGGAAACCGACCCAUAUUCUGAAUUUAAUGUUGAGAACCUAGCAGCUGUUGGCUCUAACCUGUUCAGCGCUGGCCCGGAGACGGUCAGCAGCACACUGUGGCUGGCCCUGCCAAUCCGGCUGAAGCACCCAGAGGUGGAAGGUAGAGUCCACAAGGAAAUCGACAGACUGGUUUCCCCUGCAUGAGCGACAGUGCCCGGAUGCUCUACACAGACGCCGUGGUGCGUGAGGUCCAGAGAUACAUUAAUCUCAUCCCAUCCAAUCUUCCUCAUGCCGUGACUCAGGACAUCGAGUUCAGACAGUGUUUCACUCGUAAGCUGUGUGUAGAGAGCCUCACACAAGAGAAUCCAGGACCUAGGAGCAAGUCACCGCAGUCCUGUCAUGACUCUGGUCCAUUGGCCCUCUCUCCCAGCUGUCCUCCCACAGUCCUCGGUGCGUUUCCAAGAGCAGCAGAACAUGCAGAAUUCAUCUCUGGGGUUGGUGUCGUUUGAGGAUGUGGCUGUGAACUUCACCUGGGAGGAGUGGCAGGACCUGGAUGAUGCCCAGCGGACCCUGUACAGGGUCGUGAUGCUGGAGACCUACAGUAGCCUGGUGUCACUGGGGCACUGCAUUACCAAACCUGAGGUGAUCGUCAAGUUGGAGCAAGGAGCAGAGCCAUGGACAGUAGAGGAACCCCUAGAGCAGAGCCUCCCAGAUGUCCAGACUGCAGGUGACCUGAUGGAGACUGGCCAGGAGUAUCAGAGCAGACUUUUGUGGCAAGUUGGAUUGGCCAACUAUGAAACGUCAACGAAGGAGAGAACCGGUUUGGGAAAAACACUUAAUUUGAGUGCAGCCGACGUUUCAAAACUGAUUGUAAAUAACGGAAGCUACUCAAGAGUGAAGGCAGAGUUGUGUAAUGUGUGUCAGAACACGUUUCUCCCUGGUGAGCCUGGUGGGAUGCGUGUUGGAGAGAAUGCCAAGGAAUGUCAUACAACUGGGAGCCCCCUCAGGUGUGCCGAGUGUCCUAGUUGUCAUCCGAGGAAUCAGACUUUGCGGCAGCCUCUUGAAUUUAGCGGGCAAGGGAAAGACUUCAACAAGGGGGCAACACUCUGUACCUAUAGGAGAGCUCACAUGGGAGAGACUGCCUGUAGGUAUAAUGAACAUCGGGAAGCCUGUGGUAAGUCAGCUGUCACUGCCCAAGAGAGAACUCACAUAGGGGAGAAUCACUGUGGAUGUAACAAAUGGAGGAACACUUUUUGUGAGAAACCAACACAGUUGCAUCUUGGUCUAGCCGAUGUCGAGGAGCAACACCAUAAACAUGAUCGAAGUGGGGGUAAUUUCAGCAAGAAAUCACACCUCGCUCAGCUUUCGAGAACUCCGUUAGAAGAGAAAACUUUUGAAUGUGAUGUAUGUGCUAAAACUUUCUACAAGAGGUCUAAUCUCAGUAAACAUCGGAAAAUACACACAGGAGAGAAACCCUAUAAAUGUAGCGAGUGUGAGAAGACCUUCAUUAGUAAAACAGUUCUUACAGUACAUCGGAGAACUCAUACAGGGGAGAAGCCCUAUGCAUGUGUCGAAUGUGAGAAAUCUUUCUGCCAUAAGUCACACCUGACUGUUCAUCAGAGAAUCCACACAGGGGAAAAACCGUAUGAAUGUUAUGAAUGUGGGAAAUCCUUCCCUGUGAAAACAAAACUCACCGUACAUCUGAGAACACACACAGGGGAGAAGCCCUAUGAAUGUAAUGAAUGUAGGAAAUCCUUUUACCAGAAGUCAGCCCUCACCAUACAUCAGAAGAUUCACAAUAGGGAGACACAUCAUGAAUGCAACGACUGUGGUAAGACAUUCCAUAAGAAGUCAGUUCUCACUGCACAUCAGAGAACUCAUACAGGAGAGAGACCUUAUGAAUGUAAACAAUGUGGGAAAUGCUUUGGCCAUCGCCCAGCUCUCACUGUACAUCAGAGAACUCACACAAGAGACAAACCUUAUAAAUGUAACGAAUGUGGGAAAUCCUUUUGUGUGAAGCCAAAACUCACUGUGCAUCUGAGACUUCACACAGGUGAGAAGCCCUUUGAAUGUAAGGAGUGUGGGAAAACUUUCUACCAGAAGUCAAAACUCACUGUACACCAGAGAACUCACACUGGUGAGAAACCUUAUGAAUGUAAUGAAUGUCGGAAAACCUUUUGUGAGAAGUCAACCCUCAAUAGGCAUCAGAGAACUCACAGGGGAGAGAAACCUUACGGAUGUAAAGAAUGUAGGAAAACUUUCUACCAGAAAUCAGCCCUCACUGUUCACCAGAGAACUCACACAGGAGAGAAACCCUAUGAAUGUAAUGAUUGUGGAAAAACCUUCUGUCAGAAAUCACACCUCAGCAAACAUUUGAGAACUCACACAGGGGAGAAGUCAUGUGUGGCAGAGACUGGCUGUAUGUAUACCAAAACUCACUUUCUCUUUGUGUUGGGCACACAGUUAGCCUACAUUUCUCAGCCUCCCUUUGUUGUGGGUGGGACCAUGUAACUGAGUUCUGGCCAAGAGAAUAUGAACACACAUGAUGAACAGUACAGUGAAGCCUGGCCACAAAAAAACCAAAAACCAAAAAACAACAUGCAUUUGGUGAGUUUUUUUAUUCCCUGUGCUCCUGAAGUGCAGAUGACACACAGGUUUGUCUUCAAAGCCAUAGAGUGAAGAUUGCAACCAUGACCUCAGGCAGAAAGAAUUGAUUGUGGAGGGCAGAAAUCUUUCCAUCUCUACCUCAGAAAUCCUCACAUGUAGUUUACCUGAGUGAGAACCCUUCUAUGUGUGACCUGACUACAGCACUACCAGUCCAUUGUAGCCAGUUCACUUUAUGAAUUUGUGAAUUUGUGGCAGGCUUCUGUUGAAGUUACCAGUCCUUGUGUAGGAAACUCACAGAGGAAAGAACCUGUGUUUUCAUCUUUCAACCCUAAGUCAGAAAUCAUAGGAAGAAAUAAUGCAGUAAAUGUAGGAAUACCUUUAUUGGUCAGAGAUAGCUCAUUGAACAGUGAGAAUAAAGUAAAACCUGAUAAAUAC